AGGACGCGACGCAGGACAGUCAGUUCUGUUUCGGCGUUCAGUGAAUAAAGAGUGAAAGUUGUGAAGUGAAGUUUGUGUACUCAUUUAUAGACAUACUAUAUUAAGCCUCCGACAAUCUCAGAAGUGUGAACGAUAUACACCUACAAAAUGAAUAACAGUGAAAUAAAUGUCGAUGUGGAGAUCGCAGAGUUUUCAGUUAUCCAACUGAAAACCUGGCUGGCGGCGUUGGAGCAACCUACCACUGGCACCAAGGCCGAGUUAGUUGCACGUCUUAACGCGAUCUCGCCACAAACACGUGGCGCCAGACCUAAUUCAACCACAGAAGACCCUGACGCAAGUGGACACAACAGCGACAUGGACGAGCAAAGCGUUAUUUCAUCACAAAAUGAAGCGGUCGACAAUUUAAAUCAACAGGCACAAGACACAGUUGGCGACACACCAACAACUUCAAACGCAGACAUACACAACCAUGACGUGUCCGUGCUGGAACAGCUACGUGGGAUACAGCAGAUGCUAGCAGAACUCAAAAGCCCAAAAGGAGAAGAGCACCACACCACAAAUGGCGACAAAAGUGGCAACGGUAGCGAUAACAUAGAGAAGCGAGCAAUCUUUGAUAUAAAUGCUAAGCAACAGCGAAGUGACAGUGCAGCUUUGGCUUUGUCACAAGCUAAAGAAAUCGCAAUGAGCUACGACGGAACAACAUGUGCACGUCUUUGGGCAGCACAAAUACAAAAUAUUGCAAAUAUGUACAACUUGGACAAUGGCAACAUGCGUAUUUUGAUAAUCUCAAAAUUAAAAGGCAGUGCUCAACAGUGGCUACAUGCCAACACAGUGCGAAUUAUGGAACCAAUCGACGCAAUAUUGGAACAAUUAAUUUUUGCAUUCGGGGAUCAACAAUCUAAAAUGGAGUUACGGCGCAAAUUCGAGGAUCGUAAGUGGCAGCCCGGUGAAAAAUUCGCAGCAUACUUCGAAAUAAAAAUGAUGCUGGCCAAUGCGAUUGCCAUCGAACCAGAUGAGCUGAUUGAACAUAUCAUCGAAGGGAUACCAGACAUCAACCUGCGCGAUCAGGCGCACAUACAGCGAUUUUCCAGCCCAGUGCAGAUUCUUUGCGCUUUCGCCAACGUACACAUUCGAGGACGGACAGCAGCACCCAAGCAGAGGGCGCCAUCAACAGGAAAUGCAGUUCGCAGAGCUGGAGUACGUUGCACAAACUGCAACUCAAUCGGACACAACGCACAGGAAUGCCGAAAGCCAAAAAGGGAGCCAGGAUCAUGCUACGCGUGCGGCAAAUUUGGACACUUUGUGGCACAAUGCCAGGAUAAGAACGAACUGCGGGGCAACAACUAUCAUGCCUUAUAGACUCAGGUAGUCCCAUAUCUUUCAUAAAAAAAACACUCAUGCCCAAAGAGGCAAACUUACAAACUGUAACUGAAUCCUAUUUUGGAUUAAAUAAAAGCCAACUUGAAGUGUAUGGCAGCAUAUUAUGUUAUGUUUUCAAAGAAACAACAAAAUGUUAUUUUAAUUUGAUAGUAGUUUCAAACGAGUCUAUGAGUCAUGAUGUAGUUUUAGGCAGAAAUUUCAUGGAUGCAUGUAAUUUGAAAUUAGACCUUGACACGCUAAAAAUGAUAACAGUAGAAAACAGUCCACACCACAAUAAAAAUCUGUCUCACAAUAUUAAAAGAUUUAAGAAUAGCUCUUACACAGUAAUUCGCAGAACUGAACCAAAGGUUAAGUCAAUUCAAAAGUUUUCAAGAAGAUAUAAAAUAGAACGACAGUCAACUGAUAAAACUGAUACAA